CUCCCACCUUCCUACCUCUUCCUCCUCGACUUCUCUCUUCCUACCUACAUCUCAUCCCAUCUCUUGCAAUCUAGCCUCAGUAGCUAUUUACUAUCGUCGCAGCACUUCUCACUGUUCUUUCUCUGAGGGAGAAACAGUCUAUCCCCAGCUGUUGCUCUCUUCCUUUCGCCCUGUCUCGCCCUCUCUUUCCCAAGGCUCCAUGAAACAGUAAUCUCUAGCCUGUCGUCAAUCACACAGUGACAACCUUAUCUUAAACAAUGGAUCACGAAGCUUCCGGUGCCCAAGAGUGGCAGCUACCAGGCUACGGCCGAGGAAAGUCAACUGCAAUUGGAUCGUCGUCGAAACAGACAACGACCCAAACUCCAGAAUCCGCUUCCAAGAGUCCCAUAAACAGCCAGAAGCCUGCCGUCAGACAGCCCCAACGCCAUAUGUUGAGUCCUACCCCUGGAGCCAAAGGGCCAACCCAGAAUGGCCGUGGGUCGGGUCGAGGAGGCUUUCGAGGAAGGGGGCGUGGGAGCCUCAACACUGGUCGCGGCAAUUCUAGCGCCGCAGCAUCUCGCAAUUCCACCCAUCUCUUCAAAGAUUCUCUUGCGAAGGCCAAGCGGAGGGCUGGUCAGGAAGCUGACGGAUUCAUCAGGCUGCCCACUUCCUGGGGGACGAUCAAAGAUGAAUUUUGUGCUGCAGCAAAGAGCAAGCUCAUUUCAAGAAAGGCCGCUGCUCGUACUGGAAGGUACGAGGUUUUCGAAGACAUUGCCCAAAAGACAGGCGCCUUUGUGAACCCACCGUCGUCGCAUACCCAGCAGGAGCUCUACAUAUGGGGGGGCCCGACUCAGGUUGCGUCUGCAAAAGACAUACUGUAUAAGCUUGUUGCACAAUGCAACAGCGCCUGGUCUACGAAGAAGAACAAAAUUGAAUGGACCAAAAUUUACGCUCAUUCUAAUAUGAAAGAGGCAGAUAUGGACUUGAAGGAGAGACGGGAAACGAUACUACAGCAGCUAAGAAAAGUCCCGGAUUUGCCAUCGGCUUUCCCUGAACAGUUGCUCUUUCUGUGGCCAAAGGACGGACCGCCUCUCAACGAAUGCCUUGGAUCGCACCUCGAAGCUCUUGAUGUUAUCCGGGCAAAGUUUGGCUGUCACUUGUUCAUCCCGAAAGAGCUCCCCGAUUGUAUUUGUGCCCUUGGCCAGAACCAUGAUGUUAUGCGACAGAUCGCCCACCGUCUCCGCACCAAAUGGAGCGAGAUAAUAGUGAGCAGCAAUGUUAAAUCCAAGGUUCUCGUCGUUGAACCUCCUGGGCCGAGUUCCAUGGGAGGAGAGAUUGUGGUUAAGAAUAACAAUCAGUUUGCGAGAGCUUUCCUGCAUGGCGAUAGCAAAAAGGGGCUGGAUUUGGAGCAACGGGCUGACCGGGCUGCUUUGAUACAAUCGAAGAAUAACGACCGCAUUCUCAGUGCCAUCGAAAAGUCUCUACGCGGCGUUGCGUUUGUUCGUGGACAUCUUCGCAUGCGCGUCAAUAUCGGUUCGUUUGUGCUGGAUGAAUAUCGCCGUCCAAAGGACGACAAGCCGUCGUACGCAUUCGAAGAGUUCAGGGAGAUGUUGAUGCAUGAGCAGACAAAAGGCCGUUUGGUGCCCGGGCUGAGGACUAAUCAAGACGAGCUCCUCGCAAGCUGCUUCCAAGCCACUGCUCUCCUCGAGUCAUACGAAGGCACAACUCGUGCGCUGGAACGUGCGGAGCCUGCGUUUUCCGUCAACUUCGAAUUCCUGGGCUCCAACAAUGACCUCCUCCGGCUGGAAGCGGAAUUUGCUAGAUGUCCUGGCGCGCAAGAGUAUGAGGUAACUCAACGCCGAUGGCUCAGACCUCGCAGCGGUGGCCAGACAAUUGACAAAAGAUCGCCUCUCCAGAUCGCUGUUGUCGACUUUGAAAGCAGGUCCGACUGGCAGCUAGAGAUCAAAAGCCUGGAUUUUCAAGAAGCAUCCUUGAUCGAUUCUGCGUUGAGAUCAUUUUCUCACUCUAUCAAUUUUCGGCGUACUGAGAACAUGAACGACAUUUCGGCGGCACCACAGAGGAAGGUUAUAUUUCCCGCAACGGCUCCGGUGUCGAGAUUUGUGGAGAAAACGGCAAUUCGUUAUCGACUGAUGGGGACGAAGUAUACGUUUGAGAUUGCGAGAUACGACGAGUACAGUCGCAUUCUCGUUCCUGCGUUCCCGGGACAAAAUCCACCAACUCUGGUUGGUUCAAUUUCGGAAAAGCCAUCCACCUCCUGGGGCGCGUCCGUAUUCGAUCCCAAUUGGGACAAUCUGCUAGGUCAGCACGCGAAUCUGCCUGUUGGUCAUUCAGCUCGGUACAGUCCCAACUUGGAUACCUUUUUCCCACCCUACUUCGCACCCCAAGAGCAGUCGGGCUCAGGAGAAAAACAUACUGGUUUCUGGAACUUCGUCAGCUUGGUGCAGCAGGCCGCAGAGCUUCUUAGUCCGGCGCGGCCUUUGUCGCCGCCGGCACCCAAGGCGGGCACCAGUAAGACCUCGUCUAGCCCUAAAAAACCGGCAAGCCCUGGUGGAAAGAAAGGCAAGACUACUUCAAACAGUUCUUCACCCACUAUUGACGCAAAAGGUCUUACUGGAAUGAUUGAUACCGAUCUUGGUACUCUGUUCUGA